AUGCGCCCAGGGAUCUGGGCCUUCGUCAAGGGCCACACUAAGGACAUGGUGACAGACUUUGAUGAGAGACAUGAUGAGUAUUUAAUAUUGCUUCAGCAGAGGAACCGGAUAUUAAAGCAUUUGAAAACCAAGGACCCCAUGCAGUUGAGACUGGAGCACUUGGAACAAGGUUUUACCGUCUACGUCAAUGGGGCCAAUUCAGAGCUGAAGGCCUCACCAAGGAAAGCCAUUCACUCCGACUUCUCCAGAAGCGCCUCGCACGCGGAGGGGACACAUGAUUAUGGACGAAGAGCCCUGCUGCGAGAAGCCGAGGAAGCCCUAAGACGCCACUCACGGACAGCCCCCAGCAGGGUUCAGCGCCGAGGAUGGCACCAGAAAUCUGUGCAGAUCAGAACGGAAGCCGGCUCGCGGCUCCACAUCCAGCCUCCCCUGGACUCUUCUGAAGAUACUGAGCCGUGUGGGGGCAUGGCCAUCAAGGCACAGGAGGCAUCUGAGGACCGCCCACAGGAGCUGAGAAAAAGCCUGGAACUUCGUGUAAAUCUACAAAGGAAACAAAAAGAUUGUUCCAGUGACGAGUAUGAUUCUAUUGAAGAAGACGUGCUCUCCGAGCCUGAGCCUGAGGACCAGAUGCUGGGGGGCCAUCCCAAAGACGACACCCAUUCUCCCAGUGGGGACUUGGCACCGAAGGAUGUUCCUGAGAACCAGGAGACAGAAGGACACUCUCCCCAGGACCCAGACACCCUCGUGGUGCUGGAAUUUAACCCCGCUUCCACAAGUCAUAAAAGGGAAAGGAAUUUGUCCGCGAAGCGGAAGGACAACGCUGAGGUCUUUGUUCCCAGCAGACCUGGGCCAAGCCUGACUCCCCAGCCCCCUGCCGUGUUUCCAGACCAGGAGAGGAUGUGCUCCAGACCUGGCAGCCGGCGAGAGAGGCCCCUGUCUGCAACCCGCAAAACCGUCUGCGAGGCUGAGGACCGAGAGGAGGAAGCUUCCGCUGUGCUGCGAGCCAUCCAGGUGGAGAAUGCGGCCCUGCAGAGGGCGAUGCUCAGCAGACCGGCUGAGCCGCCUGCCAGUCCGCAGCAGGAUGCCAAGGGACCACCCACAAAGCCGAGCACCAGGCUACUGAAGGAGGAGGAGGAAGGGAGCCCCGAGCUGCUUCCCAGCGCUGCAGCGACUACCACUCAGGAGCUGUCCUGGGCAGCAGGGGGAACCAAAGCCAUCAGCCAAGCCAUCGGCAGGAUCGGCCUUCUGGGAAGCAGACAACAGCAGAAGCUUCUGAAAGUCCUCCAGGCCAUCGAAAGCGACUCUGUCCGGCUCAGUGAAGUUGUUUCACCAACUGAGGAGCAAGUGCUGGACUCGGAGGACAAACAGAGAAUGAGAGAGGAUGAGAUCAAAGAUGCCAUCUACGUGACCAUGGAAAUCCUGUCCAACUGGGGCAACCCGUCGUGGGUGGGGCUUUCAGAAGUCGAGUUCUUUGACCUGAACGACACAAAGCUUUAUGUGUCGCCCCAUGAUGUGGACGUCCGGAACACAGAAGCACCCGGGGAGCUGGGCCACCUCGUCAUCAGGAACUUAGCUGACAAGAAAGACCCCUCCUCCUUGUGGACCUGCCGCUUCCACCCGCCGCUCCAGCUCUUUUUUGUCAUCCGCAACUCAAGACAGCUACACCACUUCGGUCUGGCCAAGAUCAAGGUCUGGAAUUACUGGACGACUGAUGGUGAUCUUGACAUUGGUGCCAAGAACGUGAAGCUGUAUGUCAACAAAAACCUCAUCUUUGACGGCCAAUUAGACCAAGGAGGUGGAGAGGCCUUGGCUGGCCAGAGCAUCCUGGUGGGCCAGAAGAGUGAGGAGAGUGGGGGAGCAGAGCACACCAUAAGCUCAGGGGGGUGCGAAGGUGUCCGCAGGACGGCUGGCACAGAGAGGGACGUGGGGCCGGGUCUCAGCCACUUGCAGCCAGCUGGUGCAUCUGUGCACGGGAAGCUGUCUUCACAAGAUGUAUCUGGUGAAAGGAAGAAUUCUACUAACUGCAUGAAGGACAGUCUGUCCCAGUUAGAGGAAGAUCUGAGAUUGCUGGCAGCCCCCGCCUCGGUGGGUGACUUGCCUGGCACCCCUCCCGCCUCCCCACCUGGGAAGUGCCCUCCUCCUGAGGAGGCACCCUCUCUGCUCCAACAGCUGGAAAACCUCGUGGGCAGAAAAAUCUCCGAGCCACCUGGGAAAACUCCAUCCUGGCUGCAGCCUUCUCCCAUGGGGAAAGAUAGACAGCAGGGAGGCAGGAAGCCCAAACCCCUCUGGCUUAGUCCCGAGAAGUCACAGGCCUGGAAAGGCAGGUCCCUGUCGGACGACGUCACCAGUGAGGGUCCCGGAGAGACGGUGGCAGGGGAGAAAGGCCCCAGGCAUGAGCAAGGGCAGGUGACCCGCCGGAAUGUCAUCGCCAGUGAGCGACCCCAGAGGGUAACCCAGGUCUGCAGUGAUGACGCAGACAUCUUUGACCAGCCCCCCAGCAGGGAGCGCCCUGCUAGUGGGAGGAGGGGCUCAAAGAAGGAUGCUCCCAGCAGCAGCCAUGCUGACAACCAGCUAGCCAGCAGAGAAGACGCCUGGCCCGCCCACAUGCUGCCAUGGGUGCAGUGGCGCAGUGAGCAGGAACACACGCUGCACGAGUCAUGGAGCUCCCUCAGCGCCUUCGACCGCUCCCACCGGGGUCGCAUCUCCAGCAUGGAGCUCCAGGGAGACAUCCUGGAUGAGUUUCUGCAGCAGCAGAGGAAUAGCCGGCAUGGCGACCAACUGCCCCCCAGGAAGGAGGAGAAGCCCAGGCUGUCAGCGGGGCAGGAUGGCUGCUCUGCAGAGACAGACCACACGAGUGCCUUCACAAUCCCUGUCUUGCCUUAUGGACAGCGCCUGGUCGUUGACAUCAAGUCCACGUGGGGGGACAGGCACUACGUGGGCCUCAACGGCAUAGAAAUAUUCAGUUCCAAGGGAGAGCCAGUGCAGAUUGCAGACAUUAAGGCAGACCCCCCUGACAUCAACAUCUUGCCGGCCUAUGGGAAAGACCCCCGGGUGGUCACCAACCUCAUCGAUGGGGUGAACAGGACCCAGGAUGACAUGCACGUCUGGCUGGCCCCCUUCACACCGGGAAGGUCGCACUCCAUCUCCAUCAACUUCACACACCCUUGCCACGUGGCCCUGAUCCGGAUCUGGAAUUACAAUAAAUCACGGAUACAUUCCUUCCGUGGCGUGAAGGACAUCAAAAUGUGGCUGGAUACCCAGUGCAUCUUUGAAGGAGAGAUCGCCAAGGCCUCAGGAACACUGACAGGAGCCCCAGAGCACUUUGGAGAUACGAUCUUGUUCACGACCGACGAUGACAUUCUCGAGGCCAUCUUCUGUUCCGACGAGACGUUCGACGUGGACACGGAGAGCCCGGGUGGCCUGCAGCAGGAGGAGGCGCCGGGGAGGCCCAGCACAGCUGACGGCCAGGGCGAGGAGCGGCCCUUCACCCAGGCGGGCCUGUGGACUGGGGACCGGGUCCCGGAGUGGGAACUGCCACCCAGUCCCCCUGUCCCCGAAGUUGCCACGCCAGAGCCAGGGGUCUACCAUGGGAUCUACCUUCAGCUGAAUUUCACUGCCUCCUGGGGGGACCUGCACUACCUGGGACUCACCGGCCUGGAGGUGGUGGGCAAGGACGGCCAGGCUCUGCCCAUCCACCUGCACCAGAUCGCCGCCUCCCCCAGAGACCUCAAUGACCUCCCCGAGUGCACCGACGACUCCCGGACUCUGGACAAGUUGAUCGACGGUGCCAACAUCACCACGGAAGACGAGCACAUGUGGCUGAUCCCCUUCUCUCCGGGCCUGGACCACGUGGUCACGAUCCGUUUCGACAGAGCCGAGAGCAUAGCAGGCCUUCGCUUCUGGAACUACAAUAAAUCUCCCGAGGACACCUACCGAGGGGCCAAGAUCGUCCACGUCUCCCUGGACGGCCUGCGCCUGUCCCCCCCAGAGGGCUUCCUCGUCCGGAAGGGGCCAGGCAACUGCCACUUCGACUUUGCGCAGGAGAUCCUGUUUGUGGACCACCAGCAGGCCCGGCUGCCCGCGCCGGCCAGGAGGCUGGACAGGAAGAGCCCGGAGCGUGCGAGCAUGGACUACGAGGCCCCGCUGAUGCCCUGCGGCUUUAUUUUCCAGUUCCAACUCCUGACCAGCUGGGGUGACCCCUACUACAUUGGCCUCACCGGCCUGGAGCUCUACGACGAGCGGGGAGAAAAAAUCCCCUUGUCGGAAAACAGCCCCGGAGGCUGUGCCAAGAGGGCUCCCGGGCCGCAGAGCCUCGCCUCAGUGAGCGGCUUGCAGGCCCAUCUCGCGAUGAGGAAUCAGGCCCAGGAUGCCACGUGA